AUGCCGACCCCCGCCGCUGAGAACCCAUGCCCCAAGCACAUAGAGCAGGACUCCAUGCUUGCCCGCAGGUUCGGCAAGGAGACUGCCAAUUACUUCUCAAGCUCCCCUCUUAACCGGGUGUCAUUCCUCCGAUCAGAACCUCCAUUUUUAAUGAGCGCCCUGAGGCAUCCUACCGCUCGCUUUUUGCUUUUCAACCAGCUGGCACCUCUCGUACACUCCUCAGCCGAAGUAUUUUAUGCGACGUAUCAAGAUGUGGAGCCGUUGGUUCCAGUGGAUUUAUUUGACAAGUCAGAGGAGGAAAGCCUAAAAACAUACCACUCUGGGGUCAUAUUACCACUCCUGGUAUUUCUGGGGCUUGAUGAAUCAUGCGUAACAAACGGCCUGAGCUAUAAGAGCUAUACCGGGGUCCCCUAUUUCGCGCUGGACGUGACGCCUACGGCUGGACUGGAAGAAAAGGCGAAUAUGAUCAUUAAUUCCAUGAAAUCCAGGGGGUUGUCAUUUCAUAAUUCGCGGACUAUAACAAGCUUUUCCCCUAGUGAUGCCGCCAUAUACGCCCAAUCUCGCGCCAUUAUAGAUUGGAACACACGGAACGCUUUCUGUGGUACUUGUGGACACCCCACCAUCUCAAUAAAUGCCGGUGCUAAACGUGCCUGUCCGCCUACCGACCUAAAAUUCGUUGCCAACGGAUCGUCUAUUGAUGGUGCACGUCCCCCCUGCCACACACGGACGACCAUCUCGAACCUGUGCUUCCCUCGUACUGAUCCCACGAUCAUCGUCGCGGUACUUAGCCAUGACAGCAACCGUAUUCUACUUGGUCGUCAAAAGCGCUGGCCGCCGUGCUGGUACUCGACCCUUGCAGGAUUUAUUGAACCAGGCGAGUCUGUUGAAGACGCCGUUCGCCGUGAAGUCUGGGAAGAAUCCGGGGUGGUACUGUCUCGUGUUAUCAUACACAGUUCCCAGCCUUGGCCAUAUCCCGCGAAUUUGAUGAUUGGCGCCAUUGCUCAGGUCUCUGACCCGAGUAACGAGAAGAUUAGUUUGUUGCAUGAUCCAGAGCUUGAGGAUGCCAAAUGGUUUGAAAUUGCUGAUGUAGAAGAGGCUUUGAGUGUAGGAUCAUCUCCCCUGGGUGUAGAGCCUGGACCAGAAUAUAAGAAGGGCAAUCUGAGGUUGCCACCUAAAACGGCAAUUGCUCACCAGCUGAUAUCCGCUGUUGUCAGAGGUGAAUAUCUCGGAGCCCCCCAUGAAUCUAAGAUAUAA